GUCAAUUUUUUAUUUGAUUACCGACACGAAGAUGACGAUGACGAAGCGCACCACCGCAGCCUUUGUGCCAUUGAUUGAGGCUUCAUCAUCCUCAUCGGCGCUAUCCACGCGAUGGCCAUGCGUGGCAAAAUUCCCGCCUAAGCCAAGCGGAGUACCACCGUUAGACCCGAGGUCUCGUCGAGCCGGCGUCGGGGCCCUGGUACUCCUCGCGUCGCCGUCGACCAAGAUUCGGCCAUGGGGGCCGUUUCGCUGUGCUGCCUGCUGCUGCUGGGCCUGCUGCCACGCAGCCCGUGCCUCGCCCAGACCAAGCCGGAAACUGCCGUGGGCCUCUACGGUAAUCCUGUGCAGAAGGUGAACGUGACCGUCAUGUACGAACCGUACUGCAAGGACAGUUCGUGGUUCAUCACCAAGCAGCUGUUUCCAGUGUACGGGCUUUUGCGCAAGCACUUGGUCGUCGAGAUGGUGCCGUUCGGACGCACGCGCAUGAAGGAACCGCAGGGGGCCGACACGACCGUGUCCUUCACCUGCCGCCACGGGCAGGCCGAGUGCCACGCGAGCAUGAUUCACGCGUGUGCCAUCGACCUCUACCCGGACACGGACAUGCACUUGCCGUUCAUUGCGUGCACGCUCAAGGAGCCGAAGCCCGAGAAGAACGUGCGAACGUGCAGCAACGAGCACAAACUUGAGAGCAGCAAGAUAUCCGACUGCGUCGAGUCGCCGCUGGGCAAGAUUCUCCUGCAGAAGAUGGGCUGGCGCACGACGAAGGUGCGGCCGCCAAUGAACAGCGUGCCCAGCGUUCUCAUCGACGGCGAGUUCCAAAAGCGCUACCAGAAGAAGCUGCAGAGGAAGUUCAAGGAGGCCGUCUGCGAGCACUUCAAGCCUCCCUUCCCGAAGCCGUGCGUGGUCAAGGGGUGGUUCAGCCGUUGAACACUGCUUUGCGACCGACCCUCUUCGCACUCGAUCCCAUCCCGCCACUGAAAUUGGCUCUCCUCCCAUAUUCAGAAGUGAAAUCGAAUAACGACGCAAUACAGAACAUACGGAGCCUCCCACCUUUUGGUUUAGGUUCUAAAACAUUGUACUAUUUCGAAACGGUUCCCAAAAAGUCACAGACGGUACGUCCCUACUCUACCUUGUUAGCCCUGGUGCAGCGACUGCGGUAACGCAUACAACUGGCCCUCAUAAAUUGAUAGAUCGUAUUUAGGAAACACUAUUCGACUCUCCUACCUCCUCUGGGACUGAGAAUCAAGACUAGGGAACCAUCUAGCGGUGACGGCGAAAGCGAAGUGACCGAAAUCCCCCAACGUAACUAUUUGUAGGCGACGCGAGGAAAAUAAAAUUCUCCAUCUGCCUGCUGGUUACCACAGCGUUACCAGCGUGGUGUUGGGCGUCGGUCCCGGUGACCAGCCAUGUGUACAAGCUAUCGUUGGUGCUUGGAUCCUCAAUGCUUUCUGCUUUGUUGGUUUCCGUUUAUUUGUGCCGCAUGAUUCGUUUUGGCAUGUCGUCUGUUUGGAUGCAUUAGUAUCGCAACGAAUUUGCAUCCCCUGGUCCUGAGGUACCCUUACCUAAGGCAUAUUUAUCUUCCUGAA